GUGGCGGACGGCGAGCGUGAGGACCCGCGGAGUGCCGUGUGCGGGAUCUGUGGGGCAGAAGUCGGCCGAGGAUAUCUGAGGGGUGGCUGUGGCCGUCAGUGCCCACACGCGCUAUGGGUGUGGAUAAUCCCAAGAUCUCGGGUCGGCCCAUCCCCGACUCUUCCGUGGAGAACCUGUUCGAGGGCGACGAGAACCCGGAGAGAGGCAACUGGACCGGCAAGCUAGACUUCCUUCUCUCCUGCCUCGGCUAUGCUGUCGGUCUUGGAAACGUGUGGCGGUUCCCGUACCUGUGCUACCAGAAUGGCGGCGGCGCCUUCCUCGUUCCAUAUUGCAUCAUGUUGUUCUGCCUGGGCAUCCCCAUCUUUCUACUGGAGUUAAACAUCGGCCAGUUCAGUGCCAUGGCGCCGAUCACGCUCUUCAAACACUACGCGCCCGGCUUUAGGGGGCUUGGCGUGGCCAUGUUCCUGGCAUCAGUUGCGGUCGGCCUCUACUACAACAUGAUCAUCGCCUGGACCAUAUACUACACCUACUCCAGUAUGACGGCUGACCUGCCGUGGCAGUACUGCGACCACGACUUCAACACGCCAAACUGCUUCAGUAAAACGGCGUACGAGCGCUGCUCAGCGGAGAACAACGGCACCUGGUGGAUCUACAACUUCGGUCGCUGCAUCACCAACCAGACCGAGGCCCAGGAGCUGAAUGUCACUGAAACCGUGCCCAAGGAUCUGCGUGUUUCCCCGUCCGAGGAGUUCCUCGAGCGGCACGUGCUUAACCUGAGUGACGGCAUCGAUGAGGUGGGCGGCAUCCAGUGGGGCCUGUUCAUCUCCCUCCUCAUUGCCUGGGUGGUAGUCGGCGCUGCACUCAUCAAGGGCGUCAAGUCAUCCGGAAAGGUGGUCUACUUCACUGCCCUCUUUCCGUACGUCGUGCUCAUCAUUCUACUGGUGCGGGGCGCCACGCUGCCCGGCGCAUACGACGGCAUCUACUUCUACAUGGUGCCUGAAUUCGACAAACUGUCGGACAUCAAAAUCUGGGAGUCGGCUGCCGUGCAGAUCUUCUACUCGCUGAGCAUCGCCAGCGGCGGCCUCAUCACCCUCGCCAGCUACAACAAAUUCCACAAUAACGUCCUCAGAGAUACCUUGAUCGUAUGCUUCGGUAACUGCUGCACCUCCGUGUUCGCCGGCUUCGCCAUCUUCUCCGUGCUCGGCUUCAUGGCUCACGAGCUGAACCUGCCUGUGUCGGAAGUGGUCAACAGUGGCUCGGGCCUGGCGUUCGUGGCGUACCCGGACCUGGUGACACGCCUGCCCGUCUCGACGCUGUGGGCGCUGCUCUUCUUCCUCAUGCUCUUCACGCUCGGCUUGGACUCGCAGUUCGCCAUCAUCGAGAACAUCAUCACCUGCAUCCUGGACGAGUUCCCCAGGCUGCGUCCCAAGAAGCCGCUCGUUGUCAUAACCGUCUGUCUCGUGCUCUUCCUGAUGGGCAUACCCCUCACCACACAGUGCGGUCGCUACGUCAUCGACCUCCUGGACAACUACGCCGCUGGCCUGCCCUACCUCUUCAUCGGCCUGAUGGAGCUGUUGGCCAUGUACUGGGUGUACGGUGUGGGCAACUUCUACCGCGACCUGAUGACGAUCCAGGGUUUCAGUCCCGGAUUGCGGCUUAAGUCGCAUAUCACCGUCAUCUACGGCACCAUUGCGCCCCUGCUGCUUGCGGGGAUCAUCGCGUUCAGCGUGGAAGGCGCCAAGCCCCUAGUGUCGGGGGACUAUACGUACCCAGUUUGGGCAAACAUGGUAGGCUGGGCCAUCGCCAUUUUCAUCAUGGCCAUGGUGCCCCUCGGCUUCCUUGUCGACGUCAUCUUCUUCCAGAAAGGGAAUAUUCUCAAGUCAUUCCGGGCUACGGACGAGUGGUACAGGCACUCAGAGAACAUCGCGCACCGCGAGAAGAACGCCCAGACGCGGGCCGGCUUCGACAACCUGGCCAUCGACAACAACCAGUUCUACGAGUACAAUAGUCGGCUGUAGCGGUCGCUGGUCAGCCUCGGAGCCGCCGGCGGAGGGCGGCGGGCACGCGCCGGCCGGCCGCCACUGUAGAGCAGUGUUUCGGAUGGAGCCGGGCGGCCUAGAGCGAACAGUCGCCCGCCGCACAGGCCCGGGCCCUUCGAGGUCUACGGGAGAUGUAGAAGCUGCUGAGACGACUGUAUGUGUGUGUGUGUGUGUCAGUAGCGCGCCGGAAACACGCACAGUGCGAGUUGGGCUCGCGCGUGCAUGGCGCGACCGGCGGAAGGCCCGUCCGUUUACAUGUUUAUUAAUUAAAUGACGGUUUGUGUGCAUGUCAUGAAUUAGGACAUAGUUGUGUGGGGCGUGAGUUGUAUUUUACAGAUAUGCCGUACAGACAAGACUGCAGUAUCGAAGUCUUCCGUCCGUUUCAGCUCCGUCCGCUGCCGUGCCAUUUAUACGUGCAUUCAUUUUCAAGCGUGUAAGAUAAUAUGGUCUGGUUGCAUGUGCACUGAGCUCGAUACUAGGGCUCCUGUUUUAGACAUGUUUCCACAAACUCUUGAUGAUUUACCCCCCUCUGUUGAGGUUUUUACUCGUCUCUGCUGAUCGUUUACGCGAUAACCUUUGAAAUUACUACGUGUUAUAGCUGAGGACGGUAGUCGAAUGAGUGGUUUUAGCGGCAAUUUGUACUGUGAUGUUCGAAUAUAUUACUGAAAAUGCUGUA